CUACUGCUUUGUCCUCGAGAUUAGAAUACUUGUAGUAGCACGUACUGUCUCGCCAUUCAUACACUAUAGUUAAAAUAUGUAGGGUAACCCGAAAAAAACAAGACACUUGACAGGCACCUUGUGCUGGCCACCCUACCCACGCGAAUAGUCAUUCGCGUUCUAGUGCUCCGCCGUUCAACCACACUUUGAUCGUGAAAAAAUAUUUUACUAAGUGUUCAUACCGAUUAAACCUUAAAAAGAGUGCAAAAUGCCGAAGCGUAAGCGUAAGGACGACGAUGACAGUGAAUAUCUACGGGAAAAAGUGCGAAAAUUGGAAAAAUCACUAAGAAAACGGAAAAGAAAUUCCCGUUCCCGCCACCGCCGUCGUACCAGGGUAGUGUCUUCCAGCAGCAGUGAAGGGGGCCCACCGCGGCCCUCGCCUCCGCGUUCAUCACCGCCACGGGCCGCGCCACCGCGGUCCCCGCCGCCGCGCCCCCGGCUGGGGUCGCAGCGCCCCUCGCCGCCGCCGCCGCCGCCGCCGCGCAGGAGCGAGUCGCCCGAGCCCGGGGACGAGUGGGAGUACGACCCCGGAUCACCGGUCGAGUGUCCCAGCAGCGGCCCACAGGAUGAGCUCGAUACGACAAACACAGAGGGUAAGUACCUAACAUACCCUCAGACAAAAAAUAAUACAAAAAUCUUUUCGUAA